AAUCUUACCAAAAAUACACAAAUCCAAGAUGGCGUCGGUAUCGAACCUCGUGGCGUGCGCUUCCAAAUUUGAUUCCCUCGCCAAAACUCCUGAGACGUUUUUCAAGCCCAGUGAAGAUUUAUCAAAAGAAACCUUACAAAGUACAAAGAGCCUCUAUGACUUUUCUAGACAAAGCGACGAACAUUAUGCGAAUUUCGCGGGAUUUAUAUCCAGUAGAAGGUGCACCCUGAACGAACUUCUUGUCGAUAAUUUCGACGACGAGCAGAUUUGGCAACAAAUUGAACUACUAAACGAGCCAAGUUUUAGUGCUCUCAAAUCCGCGUUGAAGAAAAUACAGAGUGUAAAAAGUAUAGAUCUCACUGGAGGUGUGAGUGACAAAAAAAUCACCAGCAGCAGUAAUUAUCAAGAAAUACUAUUUGAAAGUGAAGACGAGGAUGAUAAAUUGCGAAAUGAUGUUAAUGCACUUAGGACUAUGGCCCCUGCGUCAUCUUCAGAUGAGGAUGAUAAUGAUGAAAGUGAUAAGAAAGACCAGCAGAGAAACAGACCAGCAGAGGUCUCUUAUGACAUAGAGAAAAGUGAUUAUGACGAUGACAAUGGCGAUGAUGAUAAUUAUGAUUAUGAUGAAGAGGAAGAAUCCAACAUAAAUAACAAUGAAUCUAAAAAAAAGUCAAAAGGGAGGCCUUCAAAAGGAGACUCCAUUGUUGACGACAGAUUCUUCAAGUUAUCAGAAAUGAAUGAUUUUCUUGAUAAAAUGGACCAGGAAUACGAGAAUGCCCGGGGUGGCAAAGAGAAGCCAGAUGACGAAAACGACAUAGAUUUGUUUAUGGAUGUGGAUGAAGAUUAUAUUGACAGUAGUGGGGGUGAUGAUGAUGAUGACGACGAUGAUGAUGACGAUGAUGACUGGGGUGAUGCAAUGGGGGCAGCUUCUGCAGCGGUUGGAAGGGCCUCAUCCAACCUGAAAGAGAGAAAAUCAAGAAAGGUCUCUGAGUUGAAGUAUGCCGACUUUUUUGAUCCACCAAGUGGUGAAAAUACCAAGAAGCAAUCCAAUGUGAAUGAUGAUGAUAGAAAUGGUGAUGAAAGUAAUGAUAAUGGAAGUGGUGAUGACAACUUGAUGUCAGAGGAUGAUGCAGAUGAUUAUAAAGAUCAAGAGAAUGAAAUGGAGGGCAGUGAGGAUUCAGAUACAAAUAACAACAAUGAAAGUGAAGGUCACCUUUCUACCCAUGAGAAAAGACAAAAAAAGCUAAAACAAAAGAUUCAAGAGCUAGAAAAAGAAAACCUUUCCAAGAAGCCAUGGCAGAUGAGUGGAGAGACCGGAAGUAAAGCACGUCCUAUCAACAGUCUGCUAGAAGAGGACCUGAAUUUCGACCACACUGCGGUUGCAGCCCCACCAAUCACAGAGGAAACAACACAAAAUUUGGAGGACAUCAUAAAACAAAGAAUAAAAGAUGAGGCAUGGGAUGAUGUUGAACGCAAAGCCAAGCCAGUCUUGCAGCCGUACGAGUACAAGAAGAAAAUGCCUCUUGAUCAAGAGAAAAGCAAACUGAGCCUGAGUCAAAUUUAUGAGCAGGAGUACUUAAAGCAGACGUCCGAACCUGAAAGUAAGAAGGCGGCCGAGGAUGAAGAGAACCCUGCUCAUGCUGAGAUCAAGACCAUGAUGACAAAGUUAUUUACCAAACUGGAUGCUCUCUCAAAUUUCCAUUUCACACCCAAACCUCUUAAGCCAGAGAUCAAGAUUGUGACCAACACCCCUGUUAUUAACAUGGAAGAGAUUGCCCCUGUAUCUACCAGUGAUGCUAUGCUUCUAGCACCAGAGGAGACUCACGAGAAAAAGCCAGAACUGAAAGGAGAUAAUGAGAAGACAGAUACUGACAAAAAGCGUGCAAGAAGAGCCAAGAAACUCAAACAGCGAACAAAAGCGAAAGACAAAGACAGGAAGAGAAAACUUGUGGACAAGAUGAAGCCUGGACUUAGGAAUAAGUAUGCGAAGAAAGAUGCACUGGAUAGGCUAGAGAAAGAAAGCAAAAGCUCAAAGAGUGUAUCACUGAUGCGGGAGGAUGGUGAUAAGAAAAGUUUAAAGUCAUCUACUGCUUUCUUUUCCAAACUACAAGAUGAAGUCAAACAACAAGUUAAAGCAAAAAAAGAGACUAAAGCAAGUAAGAAGAAGGUGGCCAGUACUUCUCAUCUGAGGUUAUGAUUCACACACUAGCAAAGCUGAAUUUAAUACAAAAUGUCUAUAUUAUCUGUAUUUUAUUUGUUCAAUGCAACUUCUUGUAAGCUGUAAGGACCUCAUUUGCACAUUUAUAUCUGUCUAAUUACAAACAGCUGUACAAUGGUCAUCAGCUAUUCAGCUGCCAUUUAGACUGAUUUACUGUAAUUCACAAGAUGGCUAGUAGACAUGCAAAUAAUUAAGAAAACUUCUUAUUCUCCCACUCAACUGGCAGAGCUCACAUAGGGACAACCCUGCCACUCUUACUUUAAACUCCUCACUGAGGGUUGCUUUUUACAGCUUUAUAGUAUGUGGGGAGUGAAAACAAGUGGCCAUUUACUAUGUAUUUUUAUAAAUGAAAGAUCACAAAAGAUGAUAGCAAUGUCAAAAAGAAAAACAUACAAAGCUACAUACAUUAGACAGGAAACAGCAGUCACAUGAAAUUUGUUUAAUAUAAAUGUAGAUCCUUCGAACAAAAUGCUAUGUUAUCCUUUGUACAUGGUAAUUUAAAAUAAAUUUAAAGUAACUCCU